GCCAACUUCCUUUAAUGAGCCCACCAGUUAUAAUAGGUGACAAGGCUCAUCAAAGAUACGUUGAGGUUAAACAGAAUCUUGAAAAUAUCUUGGACGGUUAUGAUGAUCACACAAAAUUACAAAGUAGUGUUAAAGAAAUAAUCGAUCUUCUUAGAAAUCCUGAACUACCUUAUUUGGAAUUUAAUUCUGUUUUAUCAACACUUCCUGGAAGGAUUCCAACAAAGCUUUAUGCUACUCUGCAAGAUGAAACUGCUAAACAAGAUCACGAGUUUCCUGCAAAACAUCUUAAACAAUUGAUCGAUAAUUAUUCGCGAGAUUUUGUUGCUCUUGGUGAUUCUGCAACUUUUACGUCAUCAAUAAGUCCUUUAAUGGAGGUUAUCAAUCGAUACAUGUCGGGGAUUAAAUAUCGUAAAUGGAGUGAAAUAAUAUACUUUUUGAAUAAGUAUCAUGAAGUUGAAGCAUUAUUUUCGGACUCUAAUAAACGUGAAGAGGAGGUUAUCCUUGCUCUGCGUGACACUUAUAAGAACGAUCUAGAUAAAGUGAUUAAAAUUGUCUUGUCACAUUCAAAAGUUAGUGCAAAAAACAGUCUGAUCAUAAAUUUGUUGGAUCAACUUAAGUCCGAUAAUGUAGGACAUGCUCUUGACAAGUUCUUCUCUCCUGUACUAAAAAAGUUGGCCGAACUUCGGGGAAGAGUUACUACUAGUGUUUCACUUAAAGCUCGUGAAUUAUUAAUACAUUGUCAACUACCAUCAUAUGAAGAACGAUCUGUACAGAUGGAACAAAUUCUUAAAGCAGCUGUUAUUGAGAGUCAUUAUGGUGAUGAUGGUUAUGACUAUCGUACUCCAAGUUAUGAUUCUCUCAAAGAACUUAUUGACACGCGAUUUGCAGUAUUUGAUGUCUUGCCGAAUUUCUUUUACCAUAAUGAUGCAUGGAUUAGUCUUGCUGCAUUAGAAGUAUACGCCAGACGUGCAUAUCGUGUUUAUCAACUUAUGGACUUUGAAUACUACCCGGAACAAGUUCCUUAUAUGAUUUCCUGGAAGUUUAUACUUCAAAACAAUAACCCAGAGACAACAAAACCAUUAUCUCCAUUAAAGCCACCAUCUUCACCCUACCGUAUGUCACGUAUUGGAUCUAUAUCUGAUUUAAGCUACAUAACCUCACGCACGGACAACGAUGAUGAACAUGUCCGCGUUGGUGUGAUGAUUUCGUGCACUUCUAACGCAGAAAUUGAACAAAACUUUCCACGUAUUUUUGAUGUAUUUCGUCAAAAUGGAC